UGUAAAAAUAAAAGCGAAAAAUUGGAUUAAAAUUUAUCUGCUUAACUACCACUGGUAAGAGUACUAGUAGUAGGAUCUGAAAGGCAAAUGAGUCUUGAUUCAAUGGCACCGCGAAGUUUAACGAUAAUAACCUCUCUUCUCCUCAUCUUAAUUGCGAUCCUUUUUUCCCGCCAACCAGUCUGCUGUUCAGUUAACAACAACGAUUUCAUUCUCCGGCGCCCUGACGACGGCACCAACCGCCACAUUCUCUUCCUCCCUCUCACUCUCUCUCAUCCUCCCGCCAAUUCCUCCGCCGCUCGCCGCCACCUUCAUCCCAACGCUCACAUGCGCCUUCAUGACGAUCUCUUGAAAAACGGGUAUUAUACUACUCGGCUUUUUAUCGGAACUCCACCGCAGAAAUUUGCUCUCAUUGUCGACACAGGGAGUACUGCUACUUACGUUCCUUGCUCUUCUUGUGAACAAUGCGGCACUCAUCAGGACCCAAGGUUUCAGCCAGAGUUGUCUACCACUUACCAACCUGUAAAAUGCAAUUAUGAUUGCACAUGUGACGAUGACAGUGGGCAAUGUACUUACGAAAGACAGUAUGCUGAAAUGAGUUCUAGCAGUGGAGUUCUUGGUAGUGACGUUAUUUCUUUUGGUGACCAAAGUGAGCUGAAGCCACAACGUGCUGUUUUUGGCUGUGAAACUGUAGAAACUGGUGACCUCUAUAGGCAACGUGCUGAUGGCAUAAUGGGUCUGGGACGUGGUGAUCUUAGUAUUGUUGAUCAGCUUGUUGAUAAUGGUGUAAUAAGUGAUUCCUUUUCCUUAUGCUACGGUGGAAUGGAUGUUGGUGGCGGCGCUAUGGUUCUUGGAGGAGUUUCACCUCCAAAUGAUAUGAUUUUUACCUAUUCAAAUGCGGUCCGCAGUCAAUAUUACAAUGUCGAGUUAAAGGAGUUUCACGUUGCUGGGAAGCCUUUGUCUUUAGAUCCCAGUGUUUUUGACAGAAAACAUGGAACUGUGCUAGAUAGUGGGACAACUUAUACAUAUUUACCAGAAGACGCAUUUGUAGAGUUUAAGAAAGCGAUAAUGAAGGAGGUCACUUCCUUGAAGCAGAUUAGUGGUCCUGACCCAAGGUAUAAUGACAUUUGUUUCUCUGGUGCUGGAAGUGAUAUUUCAGAAUUGUCAAAAUUCUUUCCAACUGUUGAUAUGGUAUUUGAAAACGGACAAAAGUAUUCUCUAUUUCCAGAAAACUACUUGUUCCGACACUCCAAGAUGCAUGGUGGAUACUGUCUUGGAUUUUUUAAGAAUGGGGAUCAGAGUACUCUAUUAGGAGGAAUAAUUGUCCGCAAUACUUUUGUGACAUAUGACCGUGAACAUGACAGGAUUGGUUUCUGGAAAACUAAUUGUUCAGAGUUAUGGGAGAGGCUUAAUGCUACUGGUGCACAUUCUCCUGCAGCAUCUCCAGCUGGACCUUCAACUGUGGAUAGUCCAAGAUCCUCUGCAGUAUUGCCACCUGAAGCAAAUCCAGCUGCAGAUUCACCUUAUUUUCAUAUAGAGGAACCCAGAAUUGGGCGUGUAACAUUUAGUAUGUCUUUCAAUGUUACAUAUACAAUCAUUAAGCCUCACAUCAAAGAGCUUGCUCACAAUGUAGCCGAGGAGUUGGAAUUACAAGCCUCACAGGUGCGAAUAAAGAAUUUUUCUUCAGAAGGAAAUGGUUCACUCAUACGAUUGGCCAUUUCGCCAGCAGGCUCUGAUGACUACAUGUCCAAUACAACUGCACUAAGUAUAUUAUCUCGGUUUGCUGAUCAUAGCAUAACACUUCCUGAAAUCUUUGGAACUUAUCAGCUUUCAAGCUGGGCGGCUGAACUCCCACUAAAGCGGACGUGGUGGCAGCAACAUCAUGUAGCUGUGGUCGUGACAAUCAUUUUGGCGCUGCUUCUUGGCUUGUCAGUUUCUGGAACAUGGUUUAUUUGGAGACGAAGACAGCAAACAAUUACAUACAGGCCUGUUAGCUCUUCUGCUUUUUCAGAGCAAGAACUCCAGCCCAUUGUAAGUUGAGACAUGAUUCUUUGCUCAAUUAGCCGGGGUACAGAAGAUGCAAAAGAGAAAAGAAUAUGCAGCAAAGGUAGGUGCAGUAAUACUGAGCCUACAACGCGUUACCAUAGAAAAGGAAUUAAAUCGAAAAUAGUAUACAUGCAUGGCAGCUUAGUUUAACCUUCGCUUUCUAAGAUAGGUAGAAUUGUCAAGGUGGUAUAAGGUUGUCAUAUAAUGAUAUAAAUGUAUAUGUCAAUUUUGUAAGUAUAGAUUAGUUAUGAACAAAUAAGGCCAAUUUUGUAUGA